UGAAUUCAGUUUAAUUCGUGUAGUGUUUAGAGUCACACUAAAUUUGUUUAGUUAGUUGACCAUUACUUUCGGGCAGACUUAAGCGUGCUUCCCAUUAGUCACAUUCCAUUGAAUCUGAACACUUACUCAUCUAGUCAAGUAUCAAAAAUUGCUUAAUUGUGUACAAUUAAUUUAUUUUUAAUCAUUUUAUAUUGCAACGGUUUUUUCCUCGGACUGGAAAUUGUUGUUUGUGGACUUUUUAAAAUAGUUUUAGUGCAAUACCGUACUCCAAAUUGUCGCAGCGUGUCGCCGAUAAUUUGUCCAAGACCAAUAUUUCACCAACAUUCUUCCUGCACAGCAACUGGGAGCCGCGGUGGCACCAUGGCCAUCCGGUAUAACCUCUGUAGACGACAUGGCCCACAAAGGGCAUAGCGGUGUCAACCAGCUAGGGGGGGUGUUCGUCAGCGGGCGUCCCUUGCCCGAUUCCACUAGGCAGAAGAUCGUCGAGCUGGCGCAUUCUGGAGCAAGACCCUGUGAUAUUUCAAGAAUUCUUCAAGUCUCUAAUGGAUGUGUUUCAAAAAUACUUGGCAGGUAUUAUGAGACAGGAUCAAUUCGUCCACGUGCAAUCGGAGGUUCAAAACCUAGAGUUGCCACCGCUGAAGUGGUGUCUAAAAUAUCUUCAUACAAAAGAGAGUGUCCUUCCAUAUUUGCCUGGGAAAUUAGAGAUAGGUUAUUGCAAGAGGGUGUCUGUACAAACGACAAUAUACCAAGCGUAUCAUCAAUCAACAGGGUAUUACGUAAUUUAGCCGCACAAAAAGAACAAAACUCAUCGCCUCCCGUGUCUAGUGGUAACGAUAACGUCUACGACAAACUCAGGUUAUUAAAUGGAAAUCAGACAAGUUGGCGAUCUCCAUCCUCGUGGUAUUCUAGUGCAAAUACAGCUUUCCAUUUACAACCGCUCAGUCCGCAACCUUCCAUUUUAUCCGACGACAUUGUUUCCAAGAAAGGUGUCGAAAUAGACGGUGUACAUUCCGAUGAAACUAACUCUGGUGAUAAUUCGAAUGCAGGAUCAAGUAUAGGUCCAGAUGAUGAUCAAGCGAGGUUGAGAUUAAAGAGAAAACUCCAAAGAAAUCGGACGUCGUUUACAAAUGAUCAGAUCGACAGUUUAGAAAAAGAAUUUGAACGUACUCAUUAUCCUGACGUCUUCGCAAGAGAGAGGUUAGCAGCGAAAAUCGGGCUUCCGGAAGCCAGGAUACAGGUGUGGUUUUCCAAUCGAAGAGCCAAAUGGAGGAGGGAGGAGAAACUGAGGAAUCAACGAAGAGGAACGAAUGUUACGACAGAACAUCCCGUAUCUUCCGCAUCUCCACCGAGGCUGCAAACGUUCAAUAAUACUACGAUGUAUUCUGCAAUUACGCCAACGAUGUCAAUCGCUGAGACUUACAGUCCGAUGUCCACUAUGUCCAGCUUCACUCAUAGUUCUCUAUCGACUGGUAUGGGCCAUUCGCCGGCAGCUUGUUUACAACAAAGAGAAAGUCCAACAAUGACAGGUGCAAUGGGAGGAUAUUGUAUGGGUAGACCUCCAGGAUACGAUCUUCCAACCAUAGGUUACGGAGCGCGGCCCUCUCCAUGUAGCCCUUCACAGCCAUAUCAAGUGAACGGUCAUCAGUACAACCCGGGUGCUACAUCAUCCACAGGUCUUAUAUCACCCGGAGUAUCUGUCCCGAUAGCAAUACCUCCAAGUCAACCCGAUGUGACUUCCCAUCAACCGUACUGGCCCCGACUGCAGUGACCCUGGUGGAACUAAUUCGAUACCUUAAAGUGGACUGUUGCACCUUUCAAUCUCCAUUAAAUUAUCUCCAUUCUGUACUUAAUAUUUGUAUACCUAUUUAAGAAGAUACUGAAUUUGUUAAGUAGAUUGUGAAAUUUCAAAUAUCAAUAGAAAUACAGAGUGUUUUAGAAAUUA